GGGGGGGCCCAGCGCGUCCGCAGCCAGCGCAAGGCCCCGGAGGCGGCGAGCGGCGGCGCGGCCCUCCCGGAGGAACUCGUAACACAAUGGGCGAGCGCUGAGGAGCGGAGGCUGAGCGGAGAGACGUGAACGGGGCCGGGGUUCCCCUGGGGAGCCAGCAAGCGGCAGCUCUUUGUUGGAGCUUAGCUGAGCUGCAUGAAAUAUGGGAGACGACAGGCCGUUUGUGUGCAAUGCCCCCGGCUGCGGACAGAGGUUUACAAACGAGGACCACCUGGCGGUUCAUAAACACAAGCAUGAGAUGACAUUGAAAUUCGGCCCUGCUCGAACCGACUCAGUCAUCAUAGCAGAUCAGACCCCGACCCCGACUCGGUUCCUGAAGAACUGCGAGGAGGUGGGACUCUUCAACGAGCUGGCCAGCUCCUUCGAGCACGAGUUCAAGAAAGCUGCGGAGGAUGACGAGAAAAAGAGCGCUGGAGCCCUGGACAUGUCCCUGCCCUCGACCCCAGACAUCAAAAUAAAGGAGGAGGAGCCGGUGGAGGUGGACUCGUCCCCCCCAGACAGUCCUGCCUCGAACCCGCCGUCGCCGCAGAGCAAGGAGAAGGAGAUCACCUCCAAGCCCGUCAUCGUCUCUACGCCCACCCCAACCAUCGUGCGCCCGGGCUCGCUGCCUCUGCACUUGGGCUACGACCCCCUGCACCCAACGCUGCCGUCCCCCACCUCCGUCAUCACCCAGGCUCCCCCUUCCAACAGGCAGCUCGGGUCGCCCACGGGUUCCCUUCCGCUUGUCGUGCAGCUUCCGAACGGGCAGACCAUGCCUGUCCUCCCGGGCCCUCCUGUGCAGAUGCCUUCUGUGAUAUCGCUGGCUCGGCCCAUGGCCAUGGUGCCCAACAUUCCCGGUAUUCCUGGGCCCCCCAUCAACAGCAGCGGCUCCAUCUCGCCCUCGGGCCUCCCCGUGCACUCGGAAGCCAAAAUGAGGCUGAAGGCCAGCUUGACGGCGUCUUCCUCGCUCAACGGCAGCAACCUGGUGGUGGGCUCAGCCAGCACGAUGGUGACCGCGCGCCCGGAGCAGAGUCAGAUCCUCGUCCAGCACCCCGACGCCCCCUCCCCAGCUCAGCCACAGGUUUCCCCUGCCCAGCCCACGCCCAGCACCGGCGGGCGGCGGAGGCGCACGGUGGACGAAGACCCCGACGAGCGCCGGCAGCGGUUCCUGGAGCGCAACCGUGCCGCCGCGUCCCGCUGCCGGCAGAAACGCAAGCUCUGGGUGUCUUCCUUGGAGAAGAAAGCCGAGGAGCUCACGACCCAGAACAUCCAGCUGAGCGUGAAACGAAGUCACGCUACUGAGGAACGAAGUUGCUCAGCUGAAGCAGCUCCUGCUGGCUCACAAGGACUGCCCCGUCACUGCACUACAGAAGAAAACACAGGGCUAUCUCGAAAGCCCGAAGGAGAGCUCGGAGCCCACCGGCUCCCCGGCUCCCGUCAUCCAGCACAGCUCCGUCACCGCCUCCCCCAACGGGCUCAGCGUCCGCUCGGCGGCCGAAGCCGUGGCCACCUCGGUGCUCACGCAGAUGGCGAGCCAAAGGACAGAACUGGCCGUGCCGCUGCAGCCCCACGUCAUCAUGGCCCCACAGUCGCAGUCUGCCGGCAGAUGAUGGCGCAGCCCCCGCGCGGGACACGGAGCGAAGCAAAGCGCGGACUCUGCCCGUCCCCGAGUCCCCGAGCGGUGGGGACGGAGAUGGAUUUUUUUUUUUUCUUUUCUUUUUUUUUUUAAAAAAAGUGAGUUAAGGGCAGCUAUAUGGCGCUUCUGACACUGCGUAGCCUGUACAGAUCCCAGCCCCGAACCGCUGCCGUGCGCGCCCAACCCGUCCCCGCCGGGCGGCUUCGCACCCAGCGCCUUCUCGAAGCCUCCGGCACCGUGCGGAGCCACCCGGACACGCGGAGCCUCGCUUUGAAAGCACCUCGGAUGGUUUGCUUUCAGGAAUCAGUUCCAUUAACACUAAACCUCCGUGCUCGGUGGAUCCCCGUGGCGCUCUCACUCGUCCCAGUGCCCCCCCACCCCCACGUUCCCUCGCCCUGCGCUCUCAGCAAAGGAAAACGCAGCUCCUGGGAGGCUGUGACAUUUAGCCGUGCUGUCAGUGUAUUUUAUUUUUAACAGCAUGCUGCUUCCAGGCAUCUGCUCUCCCCCCUCACCACCACUUUAGCUACCUGAAACAUUGCACCUUCGGACGAGGAAGCCUCCUUGAGCUCCGAGGUUAAAGGGAUCGAGGUCGCUCUCCUCGCAAGAUGCCGGCGACGCUUUUUUGGAGCACGCUGACGUUACCGGAGCCGAACCCCUGCAAACCACCGGUCGCUCGUGCUGCCCCGGGAGGUGUCCCCGGGCCUCCCCCAGGCAGCAGGGACAGGCACCGGCCGCUCUAGCAGCAGCGGGGCUGCUCUUGCUCUUCCUUACAGUAACGUGGCGCCGACUGCGCCUUCGGGGACCUGCGGGGACCUGCGGGGACCCACGCAGCCGGGAGGUACGCGAACGGAGGAGCUGCCCCAGCUCCGGUGAUAAUGUGAGCCCCAAAAUUCGUCCCUGCUCUCAGCCCCACUGCACGCCUUAGAGAACAAACCCCUCCGGUUCCAAGGAUCGUCUCCUUGACGCGUAACCUUAAAGAAUGGUGGCCUUAAAUCCUGGAUCGUUGCCUGUUCCGAGGGGAGGGAGCGCACGGCGGCGUUUCUGUUUGCCCGGCCUUUACCUCUUCGUCACGAUUGUCUUCUGCUCUUGAUGAUGGCGCACGAAAUGCUUCCGAGCCAGAGCAAAUGAAGGAUUCGUCCUGCUCCCAGGGCAGCCUAACAGCCGGCCUCGAUGUUGGGGCUGUGUGCGCUUCCCAGGGCCCUCGCUGGCCCUUGGCAGGUGAUGCUCGCGGGCUGGAGUUCGUCUCGUGGAAGCUGGAAGGGGCACUGGGGGUGCUGGGGCUCUUCCAAGAACCCUCCUCAAAGCUCGUCAGCCCUCGGUCUUCCUGGCCUCCCCCUUGGGGGGGGGGGGGUCUCUCCCUGCCGGACCCCUUUGCCCCCCUCCUCACCCGAGCUCCCGCCCGCCUCAGGUCGCACUCGCCACUUUUGAGCCAAGUUGGUUUGUCAAAGCGAUUCGUCCCUUUGGCUUCCCUGCACUUGGAAGGUCCCCAGGGACAGCAAAACCCAAAGCAAAGCGCCCGGCCCCGUUACGGCCGGGCAGGGCGGGUGAUUUUUGGUUUGCCCACGGAUGGGCUCUGUCUCCUCCCCUCUCUUUUUUGGCUUCUCCUCGCCCUCUCUCAGCGGUGCCAGCUCCAGCUCCUGGGUUCGGUUUUGGUUUUUGCCACCUCUGCUUUGUCCCGCUCGUCUCGUGCUCCGCUGGCCUCAACCACUGCCCUUCUGCUUCAGACCCCGCAGCAGCCCCCAGCUCCCCCCUUGUUUCCCGAACGCUUUUUCUGCAGGGAUUCUGCCCGAAAACGGGUGUCGUGGCUCUCACUGCCCCAACAGGCCGUGUUUUUGCGGUGAGAUCGAGCUGGGAGCGGGGCCCACGGGGUUUUCAGCAGGGUCCUUGGGGUUUUCAGCAGGGUCCUUGGGGUUUUCAUCAGGGUCCUUGGGGUUUUCAGCAGGGUCCUUGGGGUUUUCAGCAGGUCCCACAUCCCCACGGGAAGGGUUGGGGCCAGGGGAAGCAGCCCCUGCGCCGCGCCCCCUCCUGCCAAAACCCGCGCUGGGUUUUGGGCAGCGUUGAGCGAAAGCGUCUCCCUUCGCCCAGGGGUAGCAGGCAUGACAAAAAUGUCUCGUAAUGACAAAAAUGUCUUUGUAAAACAUUGGCUUCGUCGCCCAGCUGGGUGCGCAGCGCCUUGGAGCUGCUGACUGCGGCUCGCCAGCUCCUCCUAGGCUGCAGCGAGGGCUCAGCGUCCAGGAACGGCACCAGCACAAGUCUUGAAGAGCAGGGAAAGGAGGAAUUGAGGCAAGGAGCAGCCGGGGGCCUCGCCACGGGCUGGUGGGGUUGGCAGGAGGGGGCACAGAGCGUGGUGCUGGGGGGCUGCGAGCCCAGGGCAGCGCUGGCGUCGGGUGCGGCAGCGUCCCCGAACCCCAAAUUUUCCCUUUAGGGACUCGGAGUGACCCGGCUCAGACAAAAAGCAGGUGGUGAGGGGAGAGCUGGUGAAAUCCCGGCCUCAAUGCCAUCACCAGACACCCCCGGGUCGCUCGGACCUGGCAGGUGAGGGGGGGGCCCUGCAGAUUUUCUCCCUGUGCCUCCCCGCUUCGCUGCCCAGCUCCAGCAUCUCCCCACCCCAGCUCCCCUCCACGCGCAGUGCCUUGAACAGACCCGGAAAGCCAUGAAAAAAAAAAAAAGAAAAGGUUGUAAAGCUCCAGACCUGGGCAGCAAUAAUCAGGGAACAAGUUUUUGAUGAGACCUUAACAUUUGUGUUGUUUUUGCUUUUAAUUACCAGGGUUGCAGCCGUCCUGAGCCCCUUCAGGUGCGGUUCCCUGGGACUUGCACCCUGCGGAGCUCAGCCGUGCCCAGGGCAGGUCCCGGAGCAGGUUCCAGGUCCUGGUUUGUGACAGUCCCUGGCUGCAGGGAGGGGGACAAAGCUGAAUCUUCCCACUGAGCUCCUCAGGAGGAAGGUAGCCCAAAAAAUCCGGCGUGAUAUUUCGCUAAAACAUCUCCCCAAACGGCCCCAAGCAGCGGGGCAAGGCUCUGCCAUGGGCGGGCAUCCCAAGCCAUAAAUUUGGGGCACCCCGGAGAGGUUCAUCACUUUUUAGGGCUGCAAAAGGUGCCCGGCAGAGCUGAACGUCACGAACCGGUCACAUUUCCAGCACGAGGGUCAGGGUUGGUUGUAGAGGUUUUUUUUUAAGAGUUGUGGGUGUUGUUUUUUUUUAAGAGAUGACCAUUUUUAGGGUCUUUGGAGAAACGGGUACACGGAGAGCAAGUUUUUCCCCCCAUGCUUUUCCAGCACCUCCGUGCUGAUGGAGCGGCUGCGUGAGGAUGCGUUGGGCUGCCUAAUUAAUUAAUUAAAACCUGGCUGCCAAAAAGCAGGGGGACAGCGUGGUUUUGUAACCCGGAGCCAAGCAGCCUGCCGAGCCCCCGCGUUGCUUGGAGGCGCUUUGUUCCCUGGGGUAGCGUGACAGUAGCUGGAGGGGAUGUGCAGGGGUUUUGGGGGGAUUUCGGGGAUUUUUCGGCUGGGAGGACGGACUUUGUGGCAAGUCUUUGGUGACAGGGGGUCCCCCCAUGUGGACAGGCAAGGGAAGAGCUGGUGUCUGCUCGUCCUCCUGCUUCAGCUCUUGCACAGAGACAGAUUCAGGUGGGGGUGAGAACCCAAAUUCUGCUCCAGGGCCGGCAGCCCCCCCCCCGAGCGCGUGCACCUUCCCCUGCCAGCCCCCGGCCGUGGUGCCUUAAAAAAAAACAAAAAAAACAGCUUUGUGCCCCUUCAGUCUCACGCAUUGCCCCCAACCCCAGCUUUGCAGCAGCGUUUUUGGACCCCCCCCCCAGGAUCUCCAGCCCCCACCUGGUGAUGGGGUGGGGGGAGCCGGGGGGACUUGGGGCCUUUUUCCUCCCAAAUCCCCCCCCGUGUCUUCCUGCUUAGGGCCGGAGCCGAGGGCUCAGACGGGAAUUGGGUUGGUUUUGGCCCCGUUUGUUUGGUUCCCCCCCCAAAUUUCGUGCACGCGGGGGCGGUGGCGACACCGCAGCCCCCAGCCCCGUGCCGGGAGGUGCCCGCGGGACCCGUCCCCACCCUGAGCUGCUUCGCAGGGCGAGCGCUGACGAUCACGAACGGAAAAAGCCAAGAAAAAGGAAAACACCCCCCCUGCCCCCCCCCCCAAAAAAAAAAAA